AUGUUGGUAGAUUUAAUUGUAAUAGAUUUACAACCUUUUAAAAUUAUUGAGGAUAAAGGUUUUCGUACGUUAAUAAAUUACUUAGAUCCCAGGUACACAAUACCAUGUAGAAAAACGUUAAAAAAAAUAGUGGAAGAUGCUUAUAAUGAGAAACGACGUAUGAUUCAAGAAGAACUUGAUGCCGUAUCCGACGUCUCCAUAACUUGCGAUACCUGGACUAGUAUCAACGUGGAUAAUAUUAUAUCUGUGACAUGCCAUUUCAUUAAUCACGACUUCCAAUUGAAAACAUAUACAUUACAAACUGAGAAGAUAACCGGAAGCCACACAGGUCACGCCUUAUCCCAAACCUUGAAAAAUAUAUUUUAUCAAUGGAAUAUACACGGAAAGGUGAAACAUGUAGUAACGGACAACGCUGCAAAUAUGCUCGCAGCCGUUAGGAAUUUGGACGAGUCGGUUUGCAGUGUUUCAUGUUUUGCACAUACAUUAAAUUUGGUCGUAAAAAAAUCAUUGGCAGCCGUUCCAGAUUUAGUAGCUAUACGUCAGAAAUGUCGGCGUAUAGUAACUUAUUUCAAAGCUAGUUGCUUGGCAAAAGAUAAAUUAAGUGAAAUGCAAAAUGCACUAAAUGCACCAAAACAUAAAUUAAUCUUAGAAAUUGAGACACGUUGGAAUUCAACGUACGAAAUGUUUAACCGACUGAUAGAACAAAAACAAGCCAUUACAUCGGCAUUAUUAUUUUUUCAUAUUCCGUUUGACUCCCUAACCACAAUUGAGUGGGAAAUCUUAAUUGAAAGUUUACCAAUAUUGCAACCGUUUUAUUUAUUAACCAUGGAAUUAAGUAGUGAAACCAACGUCUCAAUUUCUAAAAUUAAUAUAGCUGUUAAACAAUUACAUACAUGCCUCGAAUUACAUAGCGACAAUAGUUUAUCAGUGCAAUUGAAAGAAACGAUGGGUAAAUAUUUUAAUACAAUAGAAACUAAUUCACUGUAUGCAAUGGCAACAAUUCUAGAUCCCCGCUUUAAAGUACUAGGUUUUUUGUUCAGCGAAAACGCUGAGAAGGGAAAGGAAUUAAUAGUAAAUCACAUUUUAAAUAUGUCAGUUUCUGAAAUAGUACAAACAAAUAACAGUACACCUGUCCCUAGCACAUUGUCACUGUGGACGUCCUUCGAUAACGAAGUGACAGAACAAAAUUCGAUAAGUGCAUAUCGUUUUGGGCCGACAAAUGAAUUAGAAAAUUAUUUAUCAGACAGUUAUAUUAAUAGAUUGUCAGAUCCAUUGCAGUACUGGAAGAAUAAUAUAACAAAAUAUCCGAACCUUGCCAAACUUGCAAAAUAUCAUAAAUUUGGUUUUGAGUCAGGCUACGAGGCCACCCUCGGAAAAAGUCUUGCUUAG